CGGUUUCGAGGCUUCUAGCUGUGCUCUAGCCGCCAGUGAGAUGCAAUGUGGAUACGGGGACUUGAGCUCAUGCUCGCAAAUGAGCCAGGCCGCCUAUCGGUAUACAGCUGCGAGAGCUGCUGGCUAUCCGGGUAACGCGGGAACCACGAGUACAGGAAGCACCACGCCGCUGGGGGCCCAUCACACCACCCACUCUCAUGCCCACGCGCACCACGGGGCCCAUACAACCCCCUGCUCGGUAAUGGCCGCCAGAUCUCAAGAGGUCCACCGGCACGCCGCUUCGAUCUUUCCCUCGGCCAUUAAUUUGCAGAGUGGAUUAGGAUACAAAGCCUAUUCAGGGCACGAUGGUUUGGCGGAGAAGAGGAAACAACGUCGGAUACGAACAACCUUUACAUCGGCUCAGCUUAAAGAAUUGGAGCGUGCCUUCCAGGAGACCCAUUAUCCAGAUAUCUACACCAGAGAAGAAAUCGCUAUGAAGAUUGAUCUAACGGAAGCUAGAGUUCAGGUGUGGUUUCAAAAUCGGCGCGCGAAAUUCCGGAAGCAGGAGAGGCUGGCUCAGCAGAAAUCGACGUCCCAGAGCGGGAUAGGCGUGGAAAGCGGGGCCUCGAGCCCCGUGGGUGGCAACGGGAAGGCGGAGGGCCGCUCCCCGAGAAGCCCGGCGACGCCGCCCGCCAACACCAGCGCCGUGAUGUCCGCGAACGAGGUGAAACCGAUCCCUAACCCGAACCUGGUGAGCGUGAAGCACGCGUCCGUGAGCGACGCGUCCGCGGCGGAGGGAAACUCGCCGAACACGCGGGGAAGCAACGGGGGUGGUGGGGCAUGGGGCUCGUGUAGCCCCAGGCCCUUCUCAGCGGCGCUACCUCCGUAUCUGUUGGACCCGUUGCCCUUGAAAACUGCGAAUCUCUACUAAUCGUCCCAAACCAGACCACUCCAUCCCAGCGAAAUACAUGUAAAUAUAGGGAGAAAUACGUCGGAAUGUGAAAAUGUUGCGAAUGCUGUUCAGGCUCUCGUUCCAUCGCGGGGUCG